AUGGAUGUCUUGGCUAGUUAUAGUAUAUUCCAGGAACUCCAGCUUGUCCACGACACCGGCUACUUCUCAGCUUUGCCAUCCUUGGAGGAAAACUGGCAGCAGACAUGCCUGGAGUUGGAGCGAUACCUUCAGACUGAACCGCGGAAGAUCUCUGAGACCUUUGGUGAGGAUUUGGACUGCUUCCUUCAUGCCUCCUCAGCCCCAGAUGCAGAGGACAAUAUCCGACGGCUGGACCCCAUCCUUUUACCAGUGGAGACGAGCACGUGUGACAAAAGCGCCAACAUGGACAUUAUCCUCUCACGGGACAAGCUGCUGUCUGAGACGUGCCUCAGCUUGCAGUCCACCAGCUCUUCCACAGAAGGCUACACAGCCGUCAACCAGGCCCAACUCAAUGCAGUAACCUCAUUAACGCCCCCUUCCUCUCCGGAGCUCAGCCGCCACCUUGUAAAAACCUCACAGACUCUCUCAGCAGUGGAUGGCACGGUGACGUUGAAAUUGGUGGCCAAGAAAACUUCACUCAGCUCCGUGAAAGUGGGUGUAGCAACAGCAACCGCAGGGACGAUAAAAAGCGGGCAAAGUGACAGUGAACAAGGAGGUACAGGGGCAGAAGCAUCCCCAGAAAACAAGAAGAGGGUUCAUCGCUGUCAAUUUAAUGGGUGCCGGAAGGUUUAUACAAAGAGCUCCCACUUAAAGGCUCACCAGAGGACUCAUACAGGUGAGAAGCCUUACAAGUGCUCGUGGGAAGGGUGCGAGUGGCGUUUUGCACGGAGCGACGAGCUCACGAGGCAUUACAGAAAGCACACGGGUGCAAAGCCCUUUAAAUGCAACCAUUGUGACAGGUGUUUUUCCAGGUCUGAUCACCUCGCCCUCCACAUGAAGAGACACAUCUAA